ACGGAUUGUUGCAAGGUUUGGAAUGACAUGCUCAAGAUAUGCACCGAAUGUGAUAUAGGAUUUUUUGGUGACUAUUGUCAUUUACCCUGUCGAUAUCCGGGAUUUGGAAAAAGUUGUCAGAGGGAAUGUGACUGUGUGGAACAGCAUUGUCAUCACAUUCUGGGAUGUUCAGAAACAUUUCAGGAAGAAUUCGGAACGACGAAGGCAGUUUCUACAAGCAGAACAACAUUCGAUCUCUUCUCUGUAUGCCGCACUACAGUGAUUUCAAGCACAGGAAAUACUUCUGACAAAGCAAAAUUGAUGAAUGAAACUCUCGAAGUAUGCUGUUUUCAUACUUUAGAUGAGUGUUUUGCAAGCAUUACUGAAUUAAUUACCCCAGCUAAUGAAAAAGAAAGAGGAUAUGAAAGUAUAUUUCACAAUUAA